AUGCUUUCACUCCAUUCUCUUAAUUCUCUUCCCUUGUAUGGCAGGCUCAUUGGCUGCAAAAAAGAGAUUGAGCUCACUAGAGACAAGGUCACGAUUGGGAAGCAUGGGCCACUAUGUGAUGUUGUAGUUGUCGACGAUGACAAUAAUGACAUCGUGUUUCGUGGCAAGGUGGACAGCAAGAAGCUUGACCAUGGGGAGGCCACAGUACUAAAGUCUGAAACAAUGUUUUCUCUUGCUUAUGACCCUGAAGGCAUGCUGCAGGUCACAGCACAGUCGUUUCACCACACAUACAGCAUGGGCUGCUUUUUAGGGAGAGGAGGGUUCGGUAAUGUGAACAAAGCUCACAAUCAGAUCAGUGGAAAACUGCAUGCGGUCAAGACAGCACGUGAUCCAAUGAAACUGACUAAGACUCAAUUGAAAUUGAUCAAAAAAGAAGCUGCCAUACUGCACAUUGUACGAUUUGAUGAACUAUUCUGGGAGGAUUCAUCCAUAUAUAUGGUCCUGGAAUUCGUUCCUAUGGGGGAUCUUUCUAAGCUCAUCGAAAGGAAUGGCCUCAAUGAAUCUCGAGCUCAAAUCAUCACUUGGCAAGUAUGUGCCACUCUGGAGAACAUUCUCAUCGUUGAUAUGCAACUGCUGCAAGUUAAAGUUGCUGACUUUGGUACAGCCAAAAUCUUUGCUGGCACUCAACUUCGGAUGAAUCCUCACGAUAGGAAAUACUAUACAGUCCGCAUGCACCUUUUACCGGUUUCUGUCAGCGCUGAUGCUUCACCUUGGUUAUCACUCAUGCACCAAGUAGCGUUGUUAGAGGUUGACAUGUUAUUGCAUUCGAUACAUGAAAUGUUUUCUAUCCCAAAGCAUGUUGGCACAAUCGACAACAUGCUGGGCCUCACAGAGGGUAAUUCCAGUCUCAAAAUCCCAUCAUUGACCAUUCUCCACACCCCCUUUGGGAUGAAGGCAGGACUCAACAUCGGUCUCCACAAGAUGGACUGGGCGGGCGUUAAACUGCGCAGAAUGACGAAUCUCAAGCAAAAGUCAUUGGGCAUGCCUGCAUUCCUCCAUCACCAGUUGUAA